CGGAAUCACUACCUUGUUAGACAGAGAUACAUACAUAGAUAGACAAGAUGGAUAGGGAAAUGGGAAGCUUUAUUCCCUCCUCCACACUACUACUACUACUACUACUACUACUCGCUCACUCCCAUCACUCCACAGUCACUGUUUGUUUGGAGGAGCUCUUGGAUGAUUCUUCUUGUUGGUGUCCUACUCCCAAUUCGUGAAACAUUCCAUCAGAGUUUGCUUAUUCGUGAAAGCCAAGGUAGAUCUUCUCUUCUUCUCUCUUCCUCGCUUCUUCGUUCUUCUCCUUCGUUUUGCUCCAAAUUCCACAGGGUAGCGAUUGAUUGCUUGACUGAUUGAUUGAUUGAUUGGUUGAGUGAUUGGUCACAGAACCAAGCAACCAAGGGGCCACUCCACCAGCGAUCUCCGACAUCCCUUGCAAGCCAGGCUACUCGCGAACUUUCUCCUUCCACCAACACGAGAAGUUGGGAGAACGAACGCAGGAAAGAAAGAAAAAGAGAGAGCUCUUACUUGCAUGAGUCGCGGAGCUGCGAAUUCGAUGCGAUGCGGCGGGAAUUGGGGAACGUUGGCAGCAGCAGUGUCACUCGAGUGACGGGAUCGAUCGACCGUCUCUUCGUCGUUGCGAAGAUCAAUCCCGACCAAAGGUGGUGUCCGAACGAUGCCGUCGACGAGGAUGAGCGAAACGAGAGAAGAAGAGCUGCCGCUACUGCCACGGUGGUGAGUAGCUAUGAUACCACUCUGCUUUCUAGGCUCCAGGCCCAUCAAUUCUCCUCGUCCUCCUCCUUUUCUUGCUCCUCCUCUAAGCAUUAACUCGAGGCCUUCUGCUUCAUCUUCUUCUUCGUCUUACGCUGGCUGCCCGCUGGCCAUCAUCACGAACUCUUAGUCGUCGUCACUGGCGUCAUUGAUCGAAGCAAAGUUUCUCGAGAUCCCAAAGUUCCUGCGGCUGCUGGAAUGCAAUAUCUCCAUCUCUUGUGCUACCAAGAGCCACCGUCGCAAAACAAGCAGCUCUGCCUUGUCUUCCAUGAGAUGCAACAGCAGCCACCAUCGUCUCACCAGCAUCACCACCAGGAGCAGCCGCAAUUCCUCGGCCACACAGGAGGAAUAGGAACUGGAGCUGGAGCUGGGACUGGAUUUGGAUUCGGAGUAGGCGGAGCCGGGAGCGAGGGUAGCAGCGGCGGAGCUGGGACUCAUCACAACGACGGUGGCUUGCGGGAGUUGCUGGUCGAGUGUGCAGCAUCGGUAACGUCCUCCGACUGGCACCGAGCUAUCCGCUGCCUCGUCCACCUGAGCCGCGCGGCCUCCCCGCACGGCGACGCGGUCGAGCGCCUGGCCUUCUACUUCUCCGCUGCGCUCGCUCGAUGCCUCUGCUCGCUGUCCACUCCCUGCGCCUCGGAAAUCCGGUCGCUACUCCGCUUGAACAACCUCCACUUCCUGCUCGAGGAGGACCAGCCGCCGCCAUCUUUCGAGGAUGACUUGUUCUACUACUCGGGCGGAGCCGAGGAGGCCUAUCUCGCUCUCAACCAGGUGACGCCUUUCAUCCGCUUCUCACACCUCAGCGCCAAUCAGGCCAUCCUGGAAGCCGUCGACAACGAGCGAGCCGUCCACAUUGUCGACCUCGGGAUCAUGCAGGGUCUCCAGUGGCCGCCGCUGAUGCAAGCUCUGGUUGAGAGGCGGCGGCUCAAGCAGCUCGAGGAGGAAGGGCAGCAGCAGCAACAGCAACAGCCACCACCUUCGUCGCCAAGUUCGUUAGAGCACGAAGAGCAAUCCUCCGAAGUUGGCCGUCAAGCUCACGGCGAGGAGCCACCCACGUUGUCGUCCUCGUCCUCGUCCUCGUCCACCACCUUGACGCUGAGAAUCACCGGCACCGGUCCCUCGAUCUCGCUCCUCGAGCAGACUGGAGCCAGGCUGCGAGACUUCGCACGAACUCUCCAUCUCGACUUCGAAUUCGACGCGGUCUGUACCACCAGCCGCCACGUCGUGGCUUCGCUCCAGCAGCACCUCGAGCUCCGCCGCGGCGAGGCGCUCGUCGUCAAUUGCAUGACACAGCUGCACAAGCUGCUGCCGGCUGCGCACCGUGCGGCACUGCCCCACGCGCUAGAGUUUAUGAGAUCGCUGUGCCCCCGGAUCCUGACGGUCGCGGAGAAGGAGUCGGAGCACGACCUGAGCCAGAGCUUCCUCGAGAGGUUCCUGGUGACGCUGGACCACUACGUGGCUGUCUUCGACUCCCUGGAAGCUACACUGCCACCGCGAAGUCCCCAGCGGCUGAUGAUUGAGCGGCUUGUCCUGGCCAAAGAAAUAUCCGGCAUUGUCCUCGAGGACGGAGGUGGCGACGACGAGAACUUGGCUGUGGUCCGGCACCAGAGCUUCGGCAAUUGGAGACGAGACAUGGAGGCUGCAGGGUUCCAACUUGUACCACCCAGCGAUUUUGCGAUUGCUCAGGCAAAGCUGCUACUCCGGUUGCACUAUCCUGCUGACGGGUACCGGCUUCUGGUGGAGAACCAGCACGGCUCCCUGUUUCUAAGUUGGCACGACAAGCCCCUGGUUGCUCUCUCCACUUGGAGUUGCUGAAUCACAUCCGCUGCUCGUAUUGAAGGCCUCGUUUCUGAGAUCGUUACUAGUCUCACAAACGAAGAAGAGAACCUCCUCUUGCUUCCUCUUUUCCUGCUAAUCCCCCAAAAAUUAUUUUUCUCCUGCUGAUAACCAGUGAAGAUUAACCGGCCAAACCCAGAACUUUGCAGGAUGGAGUCA